AUGCUGCAGGCCGUGCGACCUCCCAGACGGGGCGGGUCCGGAGGAAACAACGCGACCACGGCCGUCCCGAGUCAACUGCUCUGCCUUGCGGGGGCCGGUGAGGGCGCCGAUCCCCGCCACGGGGCGUCGGCGCCAAACCAAAAUGCCGAAAAUGAAUUUGAACAAAAUCACCCGCACUCGUCCACGGCAAAAUGCGACUCAAAGAGAACACGCAAUGCAACUUGCCCCUCCACCAACCGCUUCACCGAAAGAGGGACUCGCUUCUCGCGCCAGAGAAAACGCCGGCAUUCCACCGAGCGAUCCGCAGAACAGGACCCGGAUUCAAUUCCGCGUCUCCGCAAUGGCGGAGAAGCUGCCAGUGAAAAAUCCAUGGCGCGAGACAUUUUUCUACAUGUCGGCGCAUGCAGUCGUUUGGCGGGAAAGCAACUGCAUUUGCCCGGGCCUCCUGAACACGGCGCAGCCCCCCCCCCCCCAAAAAAAAAAAACCGACUGCCGCCACCGAAGGCCAACACCGACUUGAAGAAACUAAUUGCUGGUUAUUGGCUUCCCGCUUUGAGAGGAACCCAGCCCAGGCGCCGCAGCAACGCGGCCGGUUUUGUCAGGGUGGGUCCUUGUUGGUUUUGCCCGAGGUCUCUCCAAGAGAAGCGUGUUCCCAAGCGUGGCUACCGCGGGGCCGUUCCAUUCAUAGGGCUAGUUAAGACCAGGCCUCUUUUAGUACAGGGCGGGGGGGCGCAACUAGACCUAUGA